ACUCGCGGACUCGGUCAGUCGCGAUCGUAGUCCGCGAGCGCGAGUGGUGCCUCCUCUGCCCCCAUGUCCUGACGAUAAAUAGCGGCAGUGAGUGCAUCUCCGCAGCAUCAGCAUGGAGGAGCAGUCGCAAAAAGAGCUCGGCAUCCUGCACCGCAUCAGCACGGCCAUCGUCAACUACCUCGAGGCCAUGUUCUACAGGAGAGGCUACGACAUCGCGACUCGGCCAGGGCGGUACGUGAUCCUGUGCCUUUUAGUGACCGUGCUCUGCUCGUUUGGCUUCUUCCGCUUCCGUCAGGAGCAGCAGCCGGUCAAUCUUUGGCUGCCACGCAAUUCAAACUUCGUGCGCGACUUCAACUGGCUGAUGGAGAACUACGGCGAGUUCUACCGCAUCCAAUCGGUCAUCAUCACGGCCGACGACGUCCUCCAGCCGCAUGUUUUAAUGCAGCUGGAAGAGAUCCACAGCAGGGUGAAAGGAAUCUCAGCGGAUGGAGCGCAGUGGUCGGACAUUUGUUUCAGAAUUCCGGCGCUGACGCUGUCGUCGCCGCGGCGCCGAAGAGAUCUGAACCAUCUGUACGACAGUCUGCCGCCCAAGUACAAGAGCGACCCGAGUGUGGCGCUCGGAGACUCGAUUUACUGCGCCUUCAUCGAGGCCCUGGAACGCAAGUGCCUCGAGAGGACCCUGUUGGAUCUCUGGAGCUACAACCGCUCCGCCAUUCAGAGCCUCACCAAAGAGGGCAUCCUCGAGAAGCUGAAUAAAACGAGAGUCAGUCCAGUUUUCGGACACCCGAUGGACUACGUCCCUCUGCUUGGGGGUGUGGAGAGAAACGCUUCCGGCGUGAUCGUCUCUGCAAAGUCGCUGCUCACUUUUUGGGUUGUGCACGUCAACUUUUCAAACGUGGACUACGAGAAGAGCGGCAAUCUGGCCGGCACAGGGGAUUUGGGCGACGCUAAAAGCCUUGAGUGGGAAAUCGAGUUUUCGAAACUGUUGAGUUCUUUUGCGGCAAACGUGACUGCUAUUGAUGUCUACUACACCUCAGGCAGAAGUUUCGCCGACAUCAGCAACAACGCAAUGUUUCAGGACAUCGGAAAGCUACUUCUUGGCGGAUUCAUCAUGUUUAUUUACAUCCAGUUGCAACUCUCAAAAUGCAACUGGGUUGAGCUACGGGUCUAUCUCGGGAUGGCCGGCAUUGUGAGCAUCGUGCUGGCCCUGAUCGUGUCCUACGGCUUUUGCUCGAUGCUGGGAAUCUUCUUCGGGCCGGUGCACCACUCGCUGCCGUUUCUGCUGCUCGGCAUCGGGGUUGACGACAUGUUCAUCAUCAUGCAGAAUUUUUUCAACCUCUCGCCCGGGGAGAAAAUCAAGCCUCUGCCCGAGAAGAUUGGUUUGAUGAUGCAACACGCCGGCGCCUCCAUCACCGUCACGUCGCUCACUGACUUUGUCGCCUUUGCCAUCGGAUCAGCGACGAUUUUGCCGUGCCUGCAGUCGUUCUGUUUGUACGCGGCCGUCGGAAUCUUGGCCACCUACUUUUUCCAGUCGACCUUUUUCGUUGCGUGCCUCACGUGGGACGAACGGCGGAUCGAACAGAAGCGGAACGGGGUUGCGUUCUGCAUCAAGCACGAAGACUUCGAGCCAAACAUCUACCACCGGAAGCAGAUUUCAAAGACCAUCUUCGGCUCUCUCUAUUCAAAUUACGUGCUCACCACGCCAGGAAAGGUGUUCGUUUUGUUGUUGACGGCCGGAAUCACGGGCAUCAGUCUGUGGGGCAACCUGCAUUUGCGGCAGGAGUUCGACCAGAUGUGGUUCAUCCCGAAAAACACGCACCUGGCUAACUUCAGCCGGGUCAAGACGCACUUUUACCCUGAGGACGGCCAAGAGGCGGCUGUCUACAUGGGCAAGCUCAACUACUCGAUCGAGUUUCGCCGCAUCCAGAAGUUAGUUGCCGAGUUUCGCAAACAGGACGACAUCCUGCACGACGUCAAAGCGUGGUCUGAGGAGUUCCAGAAGUAUGUCAGCGACAACCACCACAUAAACUUGCAGAGGCAAAUUCUGUCCGACGCGGAAUUUUCAAGAUUCAUAUCAAAGUUCCUGUUCAGCCCGAGCGGGGCUAUUUUCGAGAAAGACUUUCGGUUCGACGGAAAAUUGACCUGCGGCCAACCGGCGCCUCCGGUCGUGCUGUCUAGUUUCGAGUUCAAGUUCAGAAUAUUCAGUGGACCAGAAGAGCACAUCCCGGCGCUGCGGAGGGUGCGCAAUCUCACCGAGCAGGCUCAUUUCAGAACUGGCGACAAAUUUGUCACCGUCUGGGGAAAGAUUUUCGCAAACUGGGUCACAGAUGAGGUGAUCGACGCCGAAAUGUACCGCAACCUGGCGCUGGCCAUGUUCUGCGUGAUGAUCAGCACGUUUAUCCUGAUCGCGAACGUGCGCACGUGUCUUUUGGUGUUGCUGUGCGUGGUGCUGACGCUGAUCGACGUCGGCGGCAUGAUGUUCUUCUGGGACAUGACCAUCGACAUCGUGUCCUGCGUCGGCCUCGUGCUGGCCGUCGGCCUCUGCGUCGACUACGCCGCGCAUAUCGGCCUCACCUUCAUGACCUACGUCGGCUCCAAGGACCAUCGCGCGCUGCGCACCAUCAGGGAAACCGGACCGGCCGUCUGGAACGGCGGCAUCAGCACCCUCCUCGCCCUCUCCGUCCUCGCAGACUCGGACGCGCACGUUUUCAUUGCAUUUUUUAAGAUUUUCCUGCUGGUGGUGGUAUUCGGCCUGUUCAACGGCAUCGUGUUGUUGCCGGUGUUGCUGAGCCUGAUCGGGCCGAAGCCGUACCACACGGCCGGCGAGGACGGCACCGAGCGGCGGCCCAAAAUCUACCAGCCGCGCGAGCCUGUCAAGUUCAUCAAGCCCAAAGUGGUGGUGCAGCCGCCGGACGUUGCCCUCGAGCUGCUUGACAAGUCCACCAGUACCAAUGACGCCGCAGCCAAUUAGUGCGCUGUGAGAACAGAGACUGAAUAAUUCAUCUAUACAUAUAUAUUUUAAUUUGCUCUCUUCGACCAAAAAUCGUCCUUGAUGUGUCGUAUUAUUUAUUUUUGUAAUUGAAGCUAAGAGAAAUGUGCAUAGAAAUAAAAUAAAAACAAAAAUCUAAUUGAUUUUA